AUGACCUCGACUACCACUCAAGGGCUACAUCUCACAAGGGAGCGAAAAACCGACUAUGAGGACACUAGCACCGGCGUCGGCGUGAAAAAACGUGUGAAAAGCAAGCGGAGGCGGUCUUUCGUCGAAGACGAACAUGCGAACACUACCGACGUCCCUGCUGCCACGAACGAAGUAGCUGCUCCGACCAACCUCGACUCGCGUGAACCGGCUGCGGACAUUUCGGCGCCGCCAUCAUCCCACGAGAAGGACAACGCGGCGACAGAUGGUUCGGCGUCUCGUAUGCCAGUUUUGCGAAGCGACCACAAAGGGUCGUCCCACCCGACGCCGAUCAAGGAAAAAACUGAGGCCGCCCCGCAGGUGUCCUCGGGACAGGGGACGACGGUCAGCGACGCAGCGAAGACCCAUGGUUCGCAGUUGGGCUCGAAUUUACCCGAUGUCGGCAACGCGACGACCAGCGCUACGCCUUCGAGGAAAAGCUCAGGUUUAACCGACAAGGUACCGCUUCCCCAAUCCACUGACCAGUCGCCGAAACGCAGCCCGUCACGGAGGUCGUCGGCGCCGGAAGACUCGAAGACUUCUGAGCAUCGGCCGUCUAUGUCAUCUUUCAUUCAGGGGCUGAACGUCACAAGCAACGAGCGCAGCGAACAGCGUACAAAGAGGUCCUCGCCCAUCGUCUUCGACACUUUGGAACCACGUAAUUCCGAGGUCGUGUACACAGCCGCCGGAGCGCGGCUCACGAAAUUCCGCGCCAUUCUCACUAUGAGCGUCACGGCCGUGAUAGUACUGGCAGUCGUCAUCGUGGUCUUUAUGCCGCGACGGAAGCAGACGGCGCCAAUGGAGCCGUAUUGCGAGACGGACGACUGUUUCCAACACAGCUACCGUCUUCUCGCCAAGCUGAACCACAGCCUCGACCCGUGCGAGAACUUCAACGCCUACGUGUGCUCCGCUUGGUCUCCGCCCGAGCGCUACCUGGAGCACUCCAACUCGGCUAUGGACGACGUGCGAAAGUCGUGGUUUCCUGCGUUCAGUGACAUGCUGACACUUGGCUCGAAAACAAUCAGGGUCGGCCUCAAGCCCCUAGCGAUGUACUCGUCUUGCAUGGCCAACCAAUCUGUGUACGGCUCCAACGUGAAGAUAUUUUGGGAGAUGCUCAAGGAAUGCAGGCUCAAUUGGCCAGAGGAACCAGAGCCGCAUAAGAACAGUGCCUUAGGCGUACUGAUAACGCUGGCAUUCAAGUGGCAGCUUCCGCUCUUCUUUCAAGUGAGAGCUCUGCGCUUGAAGUCUACGCCAAACUGGCGCUUCAACAUGGAUCCUGGUUCCCUUAUACCUUUGAUGUACCAACACCACUUAGCAGUUAAAAAUUCGGGAGGAUACGAAAAGUAUUGGGCGACGUUCUACUACAUCUUGAGCGCCAAAUACAACGAGUCAGCAGUGAACAAAACGACCAUCGCCACAGCGAAAGCGAUAGAAGGCGAUGUCUUCAAACGGCUCCUGACGGCCAUGCGUCCUCCGGUAGUCCACCCAGUGCUGGUGCCCAUCUCUGAGGUUGGACCCUACACUCCGUCGCUGAGCUCCGCGCAGUGGCUACGUGCAUUCAGGGAGACCGAGCUCGAUCCCGAGGUGGAACUGAAUGAUCAGAUCCUCUUUGGUGACACGGGAUUCUUCCUAACAUUGGCGGGCGUGAUGAACUCGUACAAGGACACCGAGCUUCUGUCCUUGAUCGCCUGGUCCUUCGUGCAGCUCUUGUCACCGGCAGUGGACUACAGGCUGCUAGAGAAUCGCUACGAGCAAGGAGUCACGCUCUACCGGCCGUAUUUCUGCGAACGGCUCGUUGAGACCGCCUACAGGUUUCUGGUGAUUGCGCUCCACGCUACAUCGCGGUUCUCGCCACAAGAGCGCGCAUUCGUCACCACUGGGUUUGACAGCCUCGUGUCAGCCGCCGUCGACAUGGUGAACGCGUCGGGAUGGCUCGAUGUCGAGAGCAGAAAGCUCGCUGCUGCGAAGUUGUCUUGGGCGCGCCUUCAGCUGUGGCCACCGGAGAGGUACCUGUAUAACAAUAUACUCGGGAAUAUCUACGCUACCUUCCCCAGCGUUGAAGAUUCCUUUGCCGAGUACUGGGCCAAGUCGAUGCGCAGCGCCGCGGAAACAUACCGGCCGCGUCGCGACAUUGACGUUCAGAGCUACGCGCUUAAUUAUGCGCUACCUUACUUCUUGUACGACGCUUCGAGUAACACCGUAAAGGUCGCCGUGGGCGCAGUGACCGCACCUCUCUACUAUCUCAGCGGGACCAAGUCCAUGUUUUAUGGUGGACUCGGAUACUCUAUGGCGCUCGUUCUGGUAUCGUCUCUGGACCGCCAGGGACUGAGGUGGCACCCCGAUGGCACGUUCGGCGCUUCCUUCCUAUCAAAGACUUCAGCACGAGCAUUUGAAAUGCGGGACAGCUGCCUGGCCGCUGCGCAAAAUGGCUCCGGUGGAAGCGCCGAGACCAACAAGACUGUACUGGAACGAUCAAACAGCGUCUUUCCCGAGAUCCCCGCACUAGAGCUGGCCUACAUGGCUUACAAGCGCUCGGUCAGCGAUGGCAGCGAUAACAGUCCGCAAGGCAUUCCUGGAGGCAUCUCGGGCGACAAGGUGUUCUUUAUGACAUUGUGCUACAUGAUGUGCACACUCCCGGGUGCCGUGGGUCCGCACACAGUGGACUGCAACAAGGCCGUGCGCAAUUCCGAAGCCUUCGCUCGUGCAUUCCGCUGUCCACUGGGGUCGCAGAUGAAUCCGAGACAGAAAUGUGCUUUCUUCGGUUGA